CCAACUUCCUCCUUUGGGGGAUCUGGCUUUGCUCGCAGCGAAACUGGAGGCCGCCUGGACAGGGAGAGGCGUAGUCAAGAACGCUGUAAUUCAUUCCCAUGACUUUCUAUAGGAAAGAUAUCAUUGAGCGAUCACCCAAUAUGAAAAUGGAGGGGCAAGACACGACGAUAGGGGAGGCACAAGAGAGAUUGGCAAAACCCCCUCAUGUACUCCAGGCUGGGAAUAUCAGAGAAUUCCUCCAAAGGAGGCCAGGACUAGUUAAAGAGGAACCUGGCGAGGGCUCCCUGCAACAGUGGGAAACCCAGUGGCAGCAAUUCCUCAGGACAUUAGAGUCCCCUCAGUCACACUGGACAGUUCCACUAUGCCCGGAAAAACCUUCACCCUGGGAGGAUGCCAAGGCCUUUCUGGCCUCCUUUGAGCAAGUGGCCGAAGCCUGUCAGUGGCCCCAGGAAGAGUGGGUGACCCGACUCCUGCCAGCCCUCAGCGGAGAAGCUGAGAAGGCCUUCAACAAUCUGGAUGUCAGUGACAGAGAGGAUUAUGGGAAGGUGAAGGCAGCCAUCUUGCGAGGAGACGCCCUAAGCCGGGAGAAGCAGCGUCAAGAGUUUAGGCGUUUCUGUUACCAGGAGGCCGAGGGGCCGCGGGGGGCUUACAGCCAACUGCGGGAAAUGUGCCGCGGGUGGCUGAGAGUGGAGAAUCACAGCAAGGAGCAGAUCCUGGAACUCUUGAUCCUUGAGCAGCUGCUGAGCGUCCUUCCCCCGGAGAUCCAGAGCUGGGUGAGGGAGAGCGGCCCUGAGAGCUGCUCGCAGGUGGUGGCCCUGGCCGAGGAGUUCCUCUUGAGGCAGGAGAAGCAGGUGACCUUGGAGGAGGCAUCUGGGAGCAUCUCUGAGGCAGGCUGGACUCCGUCUGAGGGCGAGCAGGAGCAGUUUUCAGUGGACAUCAAGGAAGAGGAGGAUGGAGAGGCCAUCCUGAUGGCAGGUGAUGUACAGGAGAAUGAAAAUGACGGGGAACUCCAGAUAUUAUCAUUGUACAAAAUCAAGAAUGAAGAUUUGCAAGGAAGCUUCGGGAAUCAAGGUGGACUAAAGAGGCAGGACGGAAAUGGCACCGCUGAGAGGAAUGAUAAACCCAUUCCUUGCCAAGGUGGGGAGUUCCAGGAGAUCCCGAUCAAAGAAGAAAAAGCAACCCAAAAUAGAAGGAAUAAAAGUAUCACAGCUCACACAGGGGAAAAUCAAAAUGAAACCAUGGGGUUUGGGGAAAGCAUUAGUCAGAACUUGGAUCUUGUUUCACAUCAAGAAAUUCACUCGAUAGAUAAACCAUAUAAUUGCUCAGUGUGCGGAGAGAGCUUCAGUUGGAGGACAGCUCUUACUUGGCAUCAAAGAAUCCACAAAGGGGAAGACCCCCCCCAAAUUCCAGAGUGUGAAAACAGCUACAGUGGGGAACCACGCCACAAAGAGCACCAGGUGAUCCCCACAGGAGAGAAACAGUCUCAGGGCUCAGAGGCUGAGAAGAGCUUCAGUGACCACAUAAGUCCUACUGUGCCACAAAGGACACACACAGCAGAGAGACCUUAUAAGUGCUUGGAGUGUGGAAAGAGGUUUCGGUGGGCCUCACACCUUCAGCAGCAUCAGACACUCCACACAGGGGAGAAACCAUAUCAGUGCUCAGAGUGUGGGAAGAAGUUUACUCGGAGAUCAUCCCUGCGACGGCAUCAGAGAAUCCACACGGGCGAGAAGCCUUACAAGUGCGCUGAGUGCGGACAGAAAUUCGGCUCCAGUUCCCUCCUUCAGCGGCAUGAAAAGAUCCACACUGGAGAGAAACCGUAUCAGUGCUCAGAAUGUGGGAAGGCCUUCCGUCACCGCUUAAGCCUCACGGUGCAUGAAAGAGCACACACAGGGGAGAGACCUUACAAAUGCUCAGAGUGUGAAAGUAGUUUUAGUCGCACAUCACACCUGCAGCAGCAUCAAAGCAUCCAUACAGGGCAGAAGCCCUAUGAGUGCUCAGAGUGUGGAAAGAGAUUCAGUUCCCCAUUCCACCUUCAGCAGCACCAGAGGAUCCACACAGGGGAGAAACCUUACAAAUGUUCAGAGUGCGAAAGGAGCUUCAGCCACUGCAUAAGCCUCACAGUACAUCAGAUGACCCACACCGGGGAGAAACUGUACCAGUGCUCCGAAUGUGAAAAGAAGUUUAAUUGGAUAUCAUCCCUGAGGAAGCAUCAAAGAAUCCACAUGGAGGAGAAACCUCCCGAGUGCUGAAAGAGAUUCAGUUCCUCAUCCUGACUUUAAUGGCACCAGAGGAUCCACACAGGGA